AUGACUCCCAACCCCUUGCAAGUCCGCCACGAUAUCAGCAGAAAUGCCGAAGACCAACAGCUUCCGACCUCCUCAUCCCAGCUUCCCCCACAGCGUCCACCUAGAAAACCCGCCCCCCACCCCACCCCGAGCGUGGGCCAGAAGUCAGACGUCGGAUGUAAGCACGUCUUCUGCGAGCUUUUCAUGCAUCGCAUCGAUGAUCCGGAUGCCAACCCAUACUUUACCGAUCAAGACAUGCAGUAUCUCUACGCUGCCGUGUCCGUGCCUGUCGACUCCGGCAUACCGUUCGAACACUACAGCCCUCAACAGGUUCGAAAACUCAAGCAGGCCUUCGCACCUGAGACGGCGGCGGAGGUUUACGGCGGGCCCGCCGCAGCCGAUGACGACAAUUGUUCGACCGUCAUCCCCGACGAGUACAGCUCCAAGGGCUCCGACGAAGUCCCUACUCCCCCGGGGGGUGAUGUUGGGUUCAACAUGCAGAUGCUGAAGGGCUCCUACUGGCCUGUCCUCACGCCCGGCGAGGUCACCGAUGACACCGCCGAGCAGAUUCAGGAUCAUUUCACAGUGCUCGAGAGCCACGGGAAGACGUCCAUGCCGCCUUUAGCUUGACACCAUGUCCACCCGUACAAGAUGCCCCGUCCUGGGAGAUGGACCAUUCGCGUCGGGAGGGGCCAGCUACUGGUGAACGAGGG